AUUGAUACAAACAUCUAUUAAACAAGUGUUAAAGUGUUAAGCCAUGAUGGCUUUAAAAAUGUUAUACCGUGGGCCCAGUUCAAGACUAGAAAAUCUUAUUGAAAAAAUUCAAGCAACCAAGGAAAUUGUUAAUGCCGACAUGUACUCGACACAUACAUCGUCAAGUUAUUCACCUUCGAUAUCAGAUGGUACAAUCACACCAAAUUCUUUACAUCAUCAUCAUCACCACCAUCAGCAUUUAGUUGUGCCACCACAUUUGCCACCAUUCCCCAAUUCGGCUGCUUAUGAAGAAGACACAGCAUCGUUGGCCCUACAGACACAACGUCUGCAAAGACAAAAAACCAAUGGCACUUUGGAUGGCGCUGACUAUGAAGACAACGCCAAUGACAAUGACAACGAAAGGAUUCACAAAAAUGAUACAAAAUUGUGCGAAGACAACAACGACACAAUUGUUGCAGACAAUAAGACAACCGCAAAUAUUCACGAAAGUGGCGAUGAACAUCAUCUUCAUCAUCAUCAGCACCAUCAACUUAAACGUCAUGGUCGUCAUCAUCGUUAUGCUGAACAUGCCUUAAGAAUUCCUUCAAAAUUACGUAAAAUCGAUAGGGAUUCAACGGUUGGUAAUGGUGCCAAUAGCGUCGGUGUUACGACUACUACUACUACUGCUGCCGGUGCUGCUCCUGGUGUUGGUGGUGGCGGUGGUGUAACAACAAAUGCAGUCAAGUUUGAUAAGUUGACAGGAGAUGGCAUUAAAAGUGGUAACAAUGCUGCCAGUGCCGACGGAUCCUAUCAAUGUCAAUUCUGUGAUAAAUCAUUUCCGCGUCUUGGUUAUUUGAAAAAACAUGAACAGAGUCAUGCUGAACACUUGCCUUUUAAAUGUGAAUAUUGUGCUCGUCUCUUUAAGCACAAGCGUUCUCGUGAUCGUCAUACUAAAUUACAUACAGGCGAUCGUCGCUAUCGUUGUCCUCAUUGUGAGGCGGCCUUUUCAAGAAGCGAUCAUUUAAAGAUCCAUAUGAAAACCCAUGAUAACCAAAAACCAUUCCAAUGUACCAUUUGCAAUCGAGGCUACAACACAGCUGCCGCCCUUACAUCUCAUAUGCAAAAUCACAAAAAACAGGCAGCUCUUUUAGCGGCUGGAGGCAAUCCUCAAGCCCUGAAUUACAGUCCACGUUCUACCGGUUCGGCUUCUAGCAAUGGUAGUUUACAGAAAAGACGUUACGGUUUGGCUGGAGCAGCCGAACAGAGCCCAAAUCGCCUGGAUUACCCAAAGCGUGGUCGUUCUUCAUCAUCGAAUAUGCUAAAGUGCACAUUUUGCUCUAAGUCCGAUUUUACUGCAGUGGAACAAUUAAAUAAUCAUCUACAAACUCAGCAUGAAAAAGAAUUGGCACAUUCUAUGACACCUCCUUCCACAAAUAACAGUCAACCGGCGGAGAAUCAUACUUUCCAGCUGUCGUGUGAAUAUUGCACCAUGAAAUUUCCCAACAUUGCUGCCAUGUUUCAGCAUAUGCGCUCUGCUCAUUUGGAUCGUUUGACCAGUCCUAAUUCAUACUUUGAGCAUUUCAAUCGUUUAGCUGCGUCGGGUACUUUCAGUCCACGUUUGUUAACUGGACCUCCUCUAAGGAGUGCGGCCAGUGCAGAGGAGAACAUCAUUAAAGAGGAACAAAAUUUGUCAAGUCCUAAAUCAGUAGAAGCAAUAACACGUCAAAGUGAAGAUGAACCAACAGAUCUAAGCCAAAAUAAUCGUAGAUCAAUGACACCUACAAAUACCCCACAAAAUUCUCCCCAAGAAAGUUUUCCUGCCGCAGAAAAGCCCGGUUUAUUCUUUUGCAACCAAUGCAAUGCAGGUUUGCCUGAUUUUGAGUCAUUCCGCAAUCAUUUGAAGACCCAUAUUGCCCAGGGUCUCAAUUUAGUGUGUCACCAUUGUGGCCUGCUAUUAAGAGAACAUGCAGAGUAUGAAAGACAUGUUAUAUCACAUUUUCUAAUAACCAAUUCUGAGUAUAAUUGUUCGGGAAACUGCCAAAAGAACUUUGGCAAGCCAGAGGAAUUACAAAAACAUCUUUUGGAUCAUCAUGCCAUAACAAUGUUCAAAUGUGGUCUUUGCAGUGAAAUGUUUGAAUCGAAAGUGGCCAUACAAGUACAUUUUGCUUGUACACACUCAGCGGAAACCAAAAUCCUAAGAUGCUCCGCCUGUAUGGAUGUCUUUAGGACGGAGAGUGAUUUUAACAUACAUGUCAAGACACGUCAUCAAGCUGUAAAUAAUACUCCUGCUCCGGUUAAUUCUUUGCAGUGCAUGUUUUGUCGUACGGUAUGUUCCUCUGACUUGGAAAUGCAAUUUCAUUUGGCAGCCCAUGCUAGACAAUUCCGUUGUCCCUCCUGCCCCGAAACUUUCCAUGUUGAAUUUUUACUCGAUCGCCAUAUGCAAACACAUCAUGGUGGCUUGGAAAGACCACCACCUCCGGCUCCACCACAAACUGUGGCUGAAGAGCACACAUCACCGGUCCCCAAUCCAAAUGCUAUAUCUCCCAUGAACUCUUUGUAUGUGAAUGCCCUAUUCGGCAAGUCACCAUUAAUGCCGCUGGCCCCACAAAAUAAUAACAACAGUAUCUUGGAUUACAACAUGGCAUUUGCCUCCCAUCUCAACAAGGGUCUAUUUCCCAAUACCACGCCAAACAAAUUUUAUAAUCCUCUGCAAAUUGAUACGAAUGCCAUGAAACACUCUGCUCUGAUGUACGGGUUGUCACAGAGAUAUUUCGAUACUAAUCGCACUGUCAUGGAAAUGUACCAACAACAACAGCAACAACAACAACAUCAUCAGGAAAAUAAUAAAACAACUGGAAAUUAUUUCAUAAGUCCCAAACAGCCAACAACAGGAGCUCACGACAGCAUCCAUCGAACAGAAUUGCCAGCUUCCCCAAUAAAUAAUACUGGCUUCAGUUGUGGCAUUUGCGAGCGAAACGAUUUUCGUACAGAGUCAGAAGUUCAUUCGCAUCGCAAGAUUGUUCACAAUCUUAAGACGGGGGUUAGUUUGAAGUGUGCCUACUGUUCGGGCAACUUUAAGUCCAGGAGCGAGUUGGAACAUCAUAUGAAAACAUGUCACAAUUCUACCGGCAAACACAAGUGUUUGAUAUGUGAUGAAAUAUUUCCAUCGCCAGCCAUUUUGGCCGAACACAAAUUGCAACAUUCCAAGGUGGGUCAAUCCGGAAGAUGCUCGCACUGUUCUAAGGCGUUAGCUGAUGUUAGUGCUUACAAAGCUCAUUUGUCCGAGCACAAUACAGAAGGUCAAAUGCCAGUACAGUGUAUAUGCUGUCGCCAGUCUUUACAUUCGGAAUUCGAGAUUGGUCUGCAUGCAAAAUUUCAUGUAAAAAACUCAACUGUUCAGGAAAACGUUUGUGCUCUUUGCUUGGAACCCAUUACCAAUUCACCCACUGAAGCCAAGGUAUGUGAGAAAUGCUGUCGCAAACAUAAUCUCAAUGCAAAGUUCAAGCAACGCGAACACUUUGAACGACCCGCCGAAUUAAGGCAAUUUAUUGAAAAUCGCUGUAAUCUUUGCAAAAUGAUUUUACCACAUGCUCAAAAACUUCAAGAACACUUGGUCGAGCACACCUUUGCCGGUUGCGAGGAUCGUGGCUUCAACUGUUACAUCUGUUCGGCGGUCUUUACUGCUCCUAGUGGUCUACUUAAUCAUAUGCUCGAGCAUGGUAUCAACUCAAAGCCUUACGAUUGCAAUUUAUGUCCCGAAAAAUACUACUUCCGUGCUGAGCUAGAUCACCAUCAAAUCGAUCAUGAUCUGCGAAAAUCUCCAGCAGCAGUUAAAAAUGAACAAGAACAAUUGACCAAUAAAGAAGUUGCUUUAAAUAGUAUGAAAUCGGAGAAGUCUGUCGAAAGGUUGAAUGAAGUGAAACAGGAAGUAAUUGAAACUGAUGUUAAUUCCAACGUUGCCGAUGAAGAUGAAUACAUUGAGGUGGAAAAGGUAAAUGAGAAUAACAACAACAAUAACCAUCAGUUGGAUGAUAAAGUGUCGAAUAAAACCGAAGAUGCUAUAGAGAAGAAGUCUAGUGAGCAUGUCAGAGAUGAAAAUACAUAAA